GUCUAUGCGUUCGAUCCCCCCGUGCUCGCUUCAGGAGGAGCUGUGGGUCCGCGCACGAUCAUCUCGGCAGCAAGGUACACCGCUCGAACCUCUUCAUUGAUCCGACCCUGCGCAGUCCCAAGCUUCAAAGACCGCCUCCCUUGCCCAUCAAUAUCACAACGACUACUGUUCUACCUUCAUCUACUACAUACUACUACCAGCAACACAGCCAAUAUGAAGUACACAAUGAUGAUCUUUGUUGCGCUCGCGACCUCCGCUUUUGCCAUGCCCCAGGUAUGUCCACUGUUUUCACUGUCGGCUUGAGCUCAUGUAGGUACUCUCCACCAGUUCAGCGGCCUCGGCAACAUCCUUGGCGCUCAGACUACGCCUGCCGCGUCGGUUGCCACUCCUACCAUGGACGCUGCCGUCGCACCUGCUGCAGCGACGACCGCCGCCACCGGUCUCAGCGGACCGUUUGCCAACAACCCGCUCGGCUCUAUCGCCGCUGUCGACCCUAGCUCGACCGGCACCGUCGCAGGCCUGACUUUGCCCACCGCUCUGCCCAGCGGAAUCGUUCUGCCCAGCACGCUCCCUUCGGGCAUUCAGCUCCCGGGCGUCUCCGGCACGCCCUCGGCUGUCACGGCGCUGCCAGGCCUGCCUACCGCACUCCCUUCGGGCAGCGCAUUGCCCACGGCACUCCCAGCCAUCAGCUUCCCUUCGAUCUCGCUUCCUUCGGGAUUCCCUGUCCUUGGCGCUGCCCAGCCAGCUUCAUCAGCUGCGACUACGCCCGCCGCUGUCACACCCGCCAGCGCAUAACCGCUCAAUGGACAUUUAGAUCGUCGAUGCAUGUUGCUUUCGUUUCCUCAUCGCGCAGUGAUCGGCUGAGCAGCGCUUUCUGGAAAGUGGGACUGAUCUGCAGCCCAGGAUUGUUCGGUCAUUCGCACGAGCUCAGGUCACUUCGCAAGCCUCAACACAAAGAAGCCGUCGCGGCGGCCGGUAUUUGCCGCUCUUCUAGCAGUCACAAUGAUCCCACGAAGGGGUGCCUGGGCAGCAUUCGGUGCCGGUGUAGCACGUGAAGCAGUCAGAGCCAGUCUGGUCAUGCCAGCGGCCUGCCUGUGCUCUGUUUGGCCA